AUGGACUCAUCUUCAGUAACAGACCCAUCACCAGGACCGUCCCCCGAGUCACCGGUUGCAAAGGCUGCGACGUCUUUCGUUGCCGAUUUCCGGUCGCGUAGAACUGAUAACGGCUCCCAAGAAUCGUCACCGAGCACCUUUUUCGAGCUACAAAGGCCUACCACACCUGCGAAGAAGCCUCGAAAUCUCAAAAAUCUUGGGAUAAACACUUCUACGUCACUAGGCAACCUGCGCUUGAAUCCCUCGGCCUCUCUUCCCGCAGUGGAAAAGCAGGAGAAGAACAGCUCGGCACCUCCUUCGCCCUCUUUCAUUAAGCCCCCGACGCCUCCACGGCGGCGACCGUCCAAUUUAAGCUUGACUAUAUCGACUCCCGGAAGCCAGGAAAACAAGCCUAUGCGACUGAUCAUCCCAUCUACGCCGUCGUUCAACCGCCCUGCGCUUCGCCACUUCCAGUCGUCUCCAUCAUUGCCGUUAUGCUCACCUGCUGUUGGCCCAUCUGGCGGUAUGCAAUUCCCGUCCCUUCGCCCGGUCAAGGCAAACCCACGUGCACUGUCAGAGGUCCCGUAUGAGAUGGAGGAAGAGGAGGAGCAAGAACCGAACUUUGAUAUUCCUCAGUCGCGAGAAGAGAAGCCUGCGGCGUAUCCGAAUGGGCCUAUUCAGAUUUACCCCUCGGGAGUCUUCCUCUACUUCGAACCUACAGCCGCACAAGCUUGCACUUUCGAUGUUAUCUUCAACGUUGCCAGCGAGGUUAAGAACCCUUUCACCACACCUGCUUCCGAGUCUCAAAAAGACCUCGAUGCUCGGCGACUGGAUGGCCCGCCAGCUGAAAAUCCAGACUUCACCUCGAUCCUCGACGAAACCCAAGCAUCGCUCGAACAGGAGACUAGCUCACCUACGACGCCGAAAGCCACACCUGUGCUUGACACCAUCCAUCCUUCCGAGUAUCUGAUAGACGGCAAGACGCAGAAGACCCCGGAAUAUAUCCACAUGAUGUGGGAGCAUAACACCGACAUCGUGUCCGACCUGUACAGGCUGGUGAAGACUAUGGAUGAGCGAGUACAGCAGGGCAAGCGUGUUCUUGUCCACUGCCAGUGCGGUGUCAGCCGUUCUGCUAGUUUGAUCGUCGCCUACGGCCUGUACAAGAACCCUGGAAUGAGCGUUCAGGAAGCCUACGACAUUGCUAAGAAGCGAAGCAAGUGGAUAGGUCCCAACAUGAACCUCAUCAUGCAGCUCCAAGAGUUCCGGAACGGAUUGCUCAAAGCCAACGAAAGCCGGUCAUUCAACCAAGGUUUUGGCAGACGAUCUGCUGGUCUCCCCACAGGUGUCUCGGUUGCCACAAAUCGACAUUCGCCAUUCGAUAGGAACAUGCCCACCGGCCCCCGCACUCCUCGCACCGCGCCUUUGCCGCCCGAUACAGAUAUAAAUCUGCAACGCGCCAGCACUGGCAACAUGAUGGCUAUAUCGCCCGGUCCAUUGUCAGCACCAUCUGGUUCUUCGCUCUUCUCUCCUGGAUUCCGUCAAUCAUGGGCGGCGAGCCAGACCCAGUUCGACCUAUCACCGAAAUCGUCACCGACCGCUACUCCGUAUGUUGACCCGAAAGGCCACAUUGUUCCGGUAUUAGCCAUCACGGACAACGAUUCCUCAGCAGUUGAAGUUUCACCGUCUACGACAGAAGAGGCACAGCCACAGUCAAGUGAUCAUGAGGCAGGCCUCAAACCAUACCCUGUGCCAAACUUCUCCCGCCAGCUACCGUUCAGGUUAGCAGACGGUGAUACUCAACUCGACCGACCGCGGAGUUCGCCGAAUGUCAGUAACCUCCUUGCUCCCUCGCAGGGUCACGACUUGCCACUACGGUCUCCAGCUGUGGCAACCUUCAACAUACCUUCUCUUGCCCCGGACCAUGCGCUGGGUGUUCCACUAAAGUCGCCCGCAAAACCAGAGUUCAAUUUGAAUCCAUGGCCGAAGGGUUACGACUUGGAUCCUUACACAAGAUCUGACUCACCGCCGCCGCCGCCCUUGUCUCCGAGGACCUUCGAGUUCAAUGCCCCACAACGGGAUGAGCCGGAACCGACCGAGUCAUACGAUGCACGUUAUAAUCGAGCCUCAGAUUCGACGAUUAGGAUGCCUAGUCUGGAGCGGAGUACUAAGGGUAACGAAGAGACGGAUUCUGCAUCUCCAGUUCGAACUGAGUUCCCUUCAGAUAUUUUUGGGCGUGAUACGGACGUGGUAAAGCAGGAAUUAACCUCUCCACGAGCGACUGAGUUCCACAUGACACCGCUGAAGCCGAGAGUCGCGGACGAGGACCCGUUUGGUCUUGCGUCUCCGCGACACUUUGAGUUCCCUCCAAGUAUUUUCAAACACCACAAUUUUGCCCAACGCGAAGCGGAACUCGAAGCGGAGGCUCGACGGCCGUCUUUUCAAGCGAUUCUGCCGCCCUCUAAUCUUGCCCAACCUGAGAGCGUCAACGGAUUCGCUUCACUGAAUAGUACAGCACAGGCGCCCCCAGCUAUCCAAACACCUUCAUUCGCUCGUCCCAAGAGCGGAGAGCUUGAUGCUCGUAUCGACAGUGUCAGCCCUACGGAGAAUAUCCCGUUUUCAGAGAGCCCGUUGCCUGUUCUCAGGACUGCUACACGAGAGCCUCCAGUCACUCCAAAGUCUCCCGGUCACGCAUAUUUGUCAACUCCUUCGAAACAAAACGGCAUCAAAUCACGGUUCUCCUCACCCAAUCUCCGAGAACAGCGAAAAUUGCACAAGCUGCAAACCGAGAUGGAGGCCAUGCUCCCAACUCGGGCGCCGCAGCCUACGCAAACUGUGGACGAUUUGGACGCUCUGAUGUCUCCGCGUGCAGAGGAGUUCACUCGCAAUCCGUUUCAUUUCGAUCUUCGAUCCCCGACCGACGAAGUCAGCCCAGCCUCCUCGAUUGAAACGGUCAAAGAUGGUCAAACCCCCACUGAAUGGACAGAGAAGCGUCAAUGGACCCCCCAGAAGUCCCUCGAUGACGACCCUCGAAGCCCAGUUCAAACAGGAAGCAGUCCUAUCGUGCGAAAUAUCUGGGACGUACUUUGA